UCCUCUCUCGGAAUCUCAACUCCAGUUUGUCAAAGCAAUCGCGUUCCUCUCUGAAUCGUAAAGUCUGUUCGGAAUCUCAAGCUUCCUCUCUCGGAAUCUCACUCAAGUAUGAGGCAGUGUCAGCCCAAUGUCUAGAGAAAACCAAAUUUGGCCAGUAUUCUUGGAUAAUAGAAAAACGAAAGCUAUGUUUGCAGCCAUUCGGAGAUUCAACACAGUGGCAGAACAAACUGCACGACUAACCAGAUUCUCUCUUCAACCCCCAAAACACGUAGAAGUGGAAUUUGCCAAUGGUAGUGUAUUCAAGUUGUCUGCUGAAUUUCUCAGAAUAAAUAGCCCUGCAGUUGAUGGAAAAAUCAGAUCAAUUGGAGGUGAAAAGGUGAUAUCUGGAAGACGCCAUGUGGGAAUUAUGUCGGCAGAACCAGUAGGAAUCUAUGGGGUAAGGCUCAAUUUUGAUGAUUUGCAUAAAACCGGUAUUUAUUCCUGGGAUUAUUUCUAUCAUCUUGGAAGCAACAAGUUUACCCUCAUGAGAAAUUACAUUAAAACAUUGAAGAAACACAAUCUUAGUCGAGAUCCUCGAGGAAGAAAAUGAUGCAGACUUCUGUUUGAUUACCCAAAACAUAGUUUGAGAAUGUGUUGUUUGUCGUCACUUAACAAAAUGACCUUCUGGUAACUUGAUUUGUUGUAACUGAAACUUGUGAUAUUGAAGAUUGUAUUGAAUGAAAUUUGAAUGAUGAACAUCAAUAUAAUAAGUCUAAACUUAGAACUUAGAAGAGAAGGGAAAACUUAGAAUAAAGUGUUUUGCAUUCUUUUUUUUUAACUGUAUCUCUUCAUUGGCUAGGAUGAGAACAAAAUCAUCUCAUUAUCUGCUAAGUCAGUUCUCUAUUUUCUUUACAGCUCUUGAUUUCAUUUUGGAUCAGGUUUU